CCAGCGUACCCGGGCGUACCUGGUCCGGUCCUGGUCCUGGACAGACGGGAAUUAAAAAGGGAGGGUCAGAGAUCCUGCUGCGAGCUGCUGCACGUGCCGCUGCAUCAUUGGUUUUACUUCCGGGUUUCCCGGGUCCCGACGAGCGAACCGGCAUCCCCCACCCCCCACCCCCAUACACACUGCCAGCACGCAUCCUUUGCCGCUCUUUCCGAACGGUGCACUUUCGUCCGUCCGUGAUCUACAAUCAACCUGCCACUCCAACCAGUCAGCGCACAUCAAACACUCUUCGCAAGUGUACCUGUGUGUGUGAGAGAGAGAGAGAAAGAGAGAGUGUGUGUGUGUGAGUGAGUGAAACUGAGAUCAAGUGUGGGAGUGCGUGUGUGUGUGUGUGUGUGUCGCGAAGAGUGAAACGGAACAGGACACGGAGAUCCUGACCUGCUGAACGGAACGAAAGCGCCAAGGGGGAGCGCCAACGGGGGAGCGCCAAGAAGGCUAAAGACGCAAUCGAUGGCGCGGUUUACGCUCCCACUGGCCACCGUCUUCCUGUGUCUGCUGGCGGUGCAGUGGCUGGUGGCGGAUGUCGACGCGUUCCGUUUGCGCGACACACCGGACGACGGGGCGGACCAUGACCUGGCCGGUGGUGGUGGUGGUGGUGGGCGCCGUUCUCGAGUGCCGAUCAGCAGUACGGUGGGUGGCCGUUGGAAGCCAGCAUUGCCAGCCAGCAGUACCGACGACGGUGAGGAGCUGGUGGUGGUGGUGCCAGCCCGUAAACCGUGGUCCGUAGUCCGUCGCCCAGGCUUUACCGACGACGAUGAUGAUGAUGAUGACGACGACGAUGAUGAUGAUGAUGACGACAACAACGACGACGAUAACGACGAUGAUGAAGAUGAGACCACGGAGCAGCGAGCUAUCAGGCGGGCCGCCGAACAGCGGUUCGGACGAGCGCGCUCGCGUGGCCUUCCUGCCACUGGACGGCACAGGACAUCGGCCACGGACACCAAGAACAGCGAUGCGGACGAUGAUGAUGAUGAUGAUGAUGAGGAGGAGGAGGAGCAAGAAGACGAGGAUGAGGAGCAGCAGCAGGAGGAGAAAAGUAUUUUUAACCUAUAUGGUUGGUUUGGCUCGAAUGUCCGCCAACAUCGGAGCGACGACAAUAAGGCAGCGGCAGCAACAGCAGCAGGAGCCGUCGCCGAUAACGAUGGAGACGAUGAUGAUGAUGAUGAUAACGAUGACGACGACGACGACGACGAUAACGAUGAGAAGGAAGAGAUAGUUCGAGCGGAUCGAAGAAAGAAAGGUGACAGGAAACUUGUACAGCUGGCACCGCCAAGGACCAAACGUUUGCCGAAACCGGUAGCCGGUAGCGAAACGGCGCCCGAAACCGAGCAACCGGACCCGGACCCGGCAACGCCCGGUCUGCUGGAGACGGUGGCCGAGUUUGUCCGGGUGGCCCGGGCCAAGACGGUCGACGGUUUCGAGGCGAGCGGCGUGCUUCGCUGGAUUGGCGGCCGGUUCGGUGGCGAAUCAGGCGAGGCGGCACCGCCGGUUGAGCCGCCGCGAUCGUGGUCCGAGCUGCUGAGCGGCUUGUUCGACGCGUCUGACUCGAGCGAGGAAGAGAUCCGCGUACGGCCGCAUUCCCACGCCGACGAUGGGGACGAUGAGAAUGAACCAAAUGGCCAACCGAAGCAGCAGCAGCAGCAGAAGAAGAAGAAGCAGAAGAAGGACUCGUUGCUAGUGGAGCUGCUGAACGAGAGCCCGCUGACGGCGCUGUUCAGUGCGGAGGAGCUACCGAUCGAGCAGCCGAUCGAGACGGGCGCCAAGAAGCAGAGGAGCCCGGGAACGACCACCACGACUAAGGUGCUGAAGGAGCGCAUUCCCAUCUCGGCGGAGGACUUCGAGCAGCUGCUGCUGCGCGUACCCUCGUUCGUGCCCGACUAUUCGCGCGUUGCCGCCGGUGGCGAGUGUCAGCGGCAGGGUAAGAUCUUCGAGCGGCAGCUCCGAGGGAAGCGCCUGUGGGCCCUGAAGAUGAUCGACGCUAGCGCGAAGCUGAGCGCCGGGAUGCUGCGCGGUAACGCGCACCAGCUCGGCGACUACGACCAGUGCACCGGCAUCUCGACCAAGGUGCGGGUACAGGAGGACGAACCGGUGCGCAUCCGGGGCAAGUACUGCCUGGCGCACAUCGACGUCGUGGCCGACGAUGACGAGCUGCAGCUCCCGGUGCAUCUGCUGCACGGCCGUGGCUUCAUCAAGAGCACCCUGAACGAUCCGGAUCACUUCCUGCCCCGCUUCACGACCAUCAACUGGGGCAUCUGUUUGCCGGCCGCCUGCUCCUUCGAGGAUGCGGGCAGCAUCGUAAAGGGCUUCGUCCGACCGUACAACUCGACCGGUGUCAAGGUGUUCCUGGAGCUGGAGGAGGGCAACUGCCAUGUGCGGCAGGCGCGCCACCGUACGCUACCGCUCAAGGACAACUGGCUGCUGAUUGCGGUAAUUGGCUUCUACACCUUCGUAGCGGUGGUAACGCUGGUGGCCACGCUCAACGACUACGAGAUCUUCAUCAAGAUUGAUCCACCGUCGGCGGUCGGUGACGGUACCGAACCCGAUCCGGCCCGGCAGCCCACGAACGCCCUGCACCAGACGCUGAUGGCGUUCUCGCUGAAGCAGACGCUCCACCAGCUGUGCACCGGGCAACCACCGGAUGCACCGGAGGAGCACCACUAUCCCCGGUUUCGGUGUUUGUAUGGACUGAAGGGUGUCGCCAGUCUGGCGCUGUUCACUGCGCUCCGGCUCGUACCGCUCGGCUUCCAGCCCUUCACCAACCGGAACGAGUUCACCGAGACACUGAACGCACCGUGGAGCGUAUCCGUGCGGCUGCUGCUGCUGUACGCGGAUGUGUUCCUCGUGGUCAGCGGGUUCCUUACCGCUUACCACAUGCUGCGCGAGUACCGUGCCCGUAGCCGCGUCGCCUGGUUCAAGCGCAUACUCGGUCGGUACCUCAGACUCUGCUUCCCGUUGCUGCCGGUCGUCGGUUUCUACGCGCUGAUCUGGGAACACCUGGGCAGUGGUCCCCAGUGGGGUGAUGUCGUGGUGAAGAACGCGAACCUCUGCAAGCACCGCUACCUGAGCAACCUGCUCUUCGUGCAGAACUGGUAUCCGAUCGAGGAAACGUGCGCACCCCACACGUUCCAGCUAGCGAUCGAGAUGCAACUAAGCGUGCUAGCCCCAUUCUUGAUGAUCGUGCUGGUCCGCAGUCCCUUCUACGGCACCGCCGCCUACGUCCUGUUGCACUGCCUGUCGACGGCGAUCCGCUUCUCAGCCACGGCCGAGGACCGCCUGGCCCCGUAUGUCUACCAUGGUGUGCGACUGACGCAGCUCUACCGCACGCUCAACCUCUCGACGACCGAAACGCUGCACCGCAUCACACCGUACCUGGCCGGUUUCGGGCUGGGCUAUCUGGUGCAGGAGACGGACCGAUCCCGGCCGGAGCGCGGUAUUCGCUGGGCGGGCUGGCUCGGUGCCGGUGUCGCCCUGCUCUGGUGCCUGCUGACGCCGCUCGACAUCGUGCGCAGCGACUUCCAGUACGAGCCGGGCAGUGCGGCCCAGUACGCGGCUCUCGCACCGCUCGCCUGGUCACUCGGCCUCUGCUGGCUCAUCUACUACUGCAUCAGCGAGGAGGCCAGCCUGGCGAACCGUCUGCUCAGCUCCCGCCCGCUCAUCCUGCUCGGCCAGCUGUCCUACUCGCUGCUGCUGGUGCAAUUCCUCGUCUUCUUCUACUUCGUCGGUUCGACGCGGGGCAGCGAAUCGUUCAGUCUGGCCACGUACUUCAACCGGACCGAGGUGUGCCUGCUGUUCGGUGGUGCCCUAGCGCUAACGCUCCUCUUCGAUCUGCCGAUACAAAACGUGAAGCGAUUGUUGGACAGUACCGGUGUGCUCGAUGCGCUCGAAACGGCUGGGAAGGAGGAGGCAGCGUCCGGGGAAUGCCCAACCAGUGACCAGACGGUCACCAGCGCCGACAGUGCCCCACAGCACGCCGAAUCGAACGCACCGGAGAGCAGCAGCGAUUUCCAGGUGAACAGCAGCACACCUGUGGACGAAGCUGAAGACUUUUGGGCUAGCAGCGGUCUUGAUGAGCGUUCAGCAACUGCUACAGAAUCGCCAGGAGCGCCUGCAUCCGUUGCACCCUCCGUGGUCUCCACAGAAGCGAAGGGCAACGAUGGUCCGGUGGAGCCAGAGCCAGCCGACGAAGAAGAAAUCGACGAAGAGGAACAAGAGGAACAGCAACAGGAAGUAGAUGGGGUAGGGGAACAGGAAGAGGAAGUGGAAGAGGAGGAAGAAGAGGAAGAGGAGAACGAGAUAGAAGAGGAGGAGGAGGUCAAGCGAAGGCCGGCAUUCAAUGGGCGCGAAUGGUCACGCACCUGGGACCUGCUGGACGAUUGAGUCCUCUCCAUGCACCGGGGUAUCAUGAGCCAUCCCUCGCCAGCGUAACUUGACGGAAUAAAAACAAACGGUAAAAAUAUAGGAUAAAAUAAAAGGGUGGU